CAACAUGGAAGCUCACCGCAUCGCAUAGGAGAGGAUCAGAGAGUCAGUACUUCUGGUGAGGUCCCGCUGUAACCAUGGUGUCCCGGGUGAAGCAGCCCGAGGGGCGUGGCCUGUCCUCUCUGUUUUCUUGUUGCUUCAAAGGGAGUGACCAACCAGAGAUCACCCACUGCCAAGACAACACCAACACCAUGGCUGUGCUGGAGCCCAACCUGCCCAUGCCCCCCCUCCAAGAGCUGGACUCCAUGUUCACUGAGCUGGUGGAUGAACUGGACCUCACAGAGCAGCACAGAGCGGCUAUGUUUUCUUUGCCAGCAGAGAAAAAAUGGCAGCUCUUCUGUAGUAAGAAACUGGAGGCAGAGGAGAAUAAAGGAGCAACCAGAUGGCCCGAGUAUUAUAUUGACCAGCUCAGGUCCAUGGCUGCUAGGAAGACUCUACUGGGACCGGAGGAUGAGGAAGAGCAGGGAAGACAUAAAAUAAUAGAUGGUCUUAAGACAGCGCUGAGGACACAGCCAAUGAGGUUUGUGACACGAUUCAUUGACCUGGAUGGCCUGUCUUGCAUCCUGAAUUUCCUCAAGUCGAUGGACUACGAGACCACCAACUCUCAGGUCCACACCUCUCUGAUCGGCUGCAUCAAAGCUCUGAUGAACAACUCGCAGGGCAGAGCUCAUGUGCUGGGUCACUGUGAGAGCAUUAAUAUCAUCGCACAGAGUCUCACCACCGAGAGCAUCAAAACCAAGGUUGCAGUGUUAGAGAUCCUUGGCGCGGUGUGUUUGGUGCCAGGAGGCCACAAGAAAGUGCUAGAAGCCAUGCUGCACUACCAGACAUUUGCUUCGGAGAGAACUCGCUUUCAGACCCUGCUGACAGACUUGGAUAGAUCCACAGGCCGCUACAGAGAUGAAGUGAACCUGAAGACAGCCGUCAUGUCCUUCAUCAACGCCGUGCUGAGCCAGGGAGCAGGAGAGACCAGUCUGGAGUUCCGCAUCCAUUUGCGCUAUGAGUUUCUGAUGUUGGGCAUUCAGCCAGUUAUUGACAAACUAUACUCCAAUGACAACGCCACCCUGAACAGACAUCUGGACUUCUUUGAGAUGUUGAGGAAUGAAGAUGAGCUUCAGAUGUCCAAACGUUUUGAUGCUGUCCACAUAGACACUAAAAGUGCCAGCCAGAUGUUUGAGCUGAUCAAGAAGAAACUGAACCACACUGAAGCUUACCCUCACCUCCUGUCUGCCCUGCAUCACUGUCUCAUGAUGCCAUUUAAGCUGAGCAGUUCCACUCUUCAAUACUGGGUGCUGUUGGAUCGGAUAAUUCAGCAGCUGGUUCUACAGACGGACAAAGGGGAAGACCCCGAUGUCGCUCCACUGGAGGAAUUCAACGUCAAAAAGAUUGUACGCAUGCUCGUCAAGGAGAGCGAGGUCAAACAAUGGAAAGAACAAGCUGAUAAAAUGAGAAAAGAUCAUCAGAACUUGCAGCAGCGUUUUGAAAAGAAAGAGAGGGAGUGCGAGGCCAAGAACAAGGAGAAGGAGGACAUGAUGGCGAUGCUGAACAAGCUGAAAGAGAAGCUGGAGCGAGAGAGCAACGACCACAAGCAAGCUCAGCUGCAAGUGGGAGAGCUGUCUGCUCGGCUGCAGCAGCUCAGCUCUACGUCCAGUGUUCCAGGAGGUCCUCCUGUGUCUUCUGGUAGUGUAGUCCCUCCUGGUCCCGUCUCAGCCGGCCCCUCUCCUCCUCCUCCUCCUCCUCCUCCUCCUCCUCCUCCUCCUCCGCCACCUCUUCCUCCAGGAGGCCCUCCAGCCUUUGGCAUGGCUCCACCGGCCCCGCCUCCUCCCCCCGGAGCACCACUAGUAGCUGUCCAGAAGAAGAAGAAUAUUCCCCAGCCAUCCAACCCUCUGAAGUCCUUCAACUGGAACAAACUGCCAGAGAACAAGACAGAAGGAACUAUAUGGAAGGAGAUCGAUGAUGUCAAGGUGUUUAAAGUUCUGGAUCUAGAGGAGCUGCAGAGAACCUUCUCAGCUUACCAGAAACCACAGAAGGAGACGGGGGAUGAGCAGGCUGUUGUUAAGAAAGUCAAGGAGCUGUCAGUGAUCGAUGGUCGCCGAGCACAGAACUGUAACAUUCUGCUGUCACGGCUGAGGCUGACCAAUGCGGAGAUCCGCCAUGCCGUCCUGACCAUGGAUGAACAGGAGGACUUACCUAAAGACAUGCUGGAGCAGCUUCUGAAGUUUGUUCCUGAGAAGAGCGACAUGGAGCUGUUGGGAGAACACAAACACGAGCUGGAACGCAUGGCCAAAGCAGACCGCUUCCUGUAUGACAUGAGCAGCAUCAACCACUAUCAACAGAGAAUCCACUCUCUCUACUUCAAGAAAAAGUUUGCUGAAAGAGUGGCCGACGUCAAACCUAAAAUCAAUGCUCUGAGUCUCGCGUCCAGGGAGAUGGUGCAGAGCGGGACCCUGCGACAGCUCCUGGAGGUGGUCCUGGCCUUUGGGAACUACAUGAACAAAGGACAACGGGGGAACGCCUACGGAUUUAAAGUGGCCAGCCUCAACAAGAUAGCUGACACCAAGUCCAGCACUGACAAAAAUGUCACUCUGCUCCACUACAUGAUCACUGUACUGGAAAAGAAGUACCCGAAGGUGGUGACUUUCAGUGAGGAGCUGCAAAAUGUGCCAGAGGCUGCCAAAGUCAAUAUGGCAGCGUUGGAGAAGGAUAUCGGCAAUCUGAGAUCUGGCCUAAAGAGUGUUGAGGCGGAGCUGCAGUACCAGCGGGGUCAAUCCCCUCAGGAUCCUGCGGAUAAGUUUGUCCCCGUGGUCAGUCAGUUCGUCACCGUGGCCUCCUUCAGCUUCUCAGAGGUAGAGGAGUCGCUCAGCGAGGCCAAAGAAGUGUUUGUAAAGGCACUGAGACGCUUUGGAGAGGAUUCGUCCAGCCUGCAGCCGGAUAUGUUCUUUGGGAUCUUCGACACCUUCUUAGCAGCUUUCUCAGAGGCUCAACAGGACAACGAAAGGAUGGCCCAACGCAAGGAGGAGGAGGAGAGGCGGGCACUUGUGGAGGCACAGCUGAAGCAGGAACGGGAGCAGAAGACGAAGAAGGCCAGAGCGAACGAGGAAGAGGGGGGCGGUGAGUUCGAUGACUUGGUGUCCGCUCUGCGCUCCGGGGAGGUGUUUGAAAUGGACCUGUCCAAAAUGAACCGUAGAAAACAGCGGAGACACAACUUCUUCAACGACAGUCGGGAGAGACCCGUGACAGAACUGAGGCAGCAGGAGGACUCGGUUUGACAUCUGAAUGUGUGGUGUCUCUGGCACAGACAGUUACACUCUGUAACAAUGUAUCUUAUGUAACAUAAUGAAUGUAUCUGAAUGUAUGGACCUGAAGCAAAAGCAGUCUAAUAAUUAUAUCUUUGUAUAUUUGCCCAAGUUUGCACAGCUCUGGUUCGUGAGUUCCAUUAGCAUCGUUACGUAAGAAACUCUGUCUGAUCAUCCUCUAAAAGGUUCACUGAUCAAAAACUGAUCAAAAAUUCAUACCAAUUUUAAAAAAUGGAUGAUUAAGUAACUAUCAACUGUUUCCUUUCUGUCUUUUCAAGUCUUACUCCAUCCUUUUUUUUAA